AUGGGUAGUCAACAGUCGCGACUGCUCAAAAAUCGACAGCAGCAACAGCCUGGCCUACGUCGACAACAUCGCCACAUUCAUCAUUUGCUAAAGAAGCGGGCAAGCAUCCGUCAUCUGCAACUGCAACGUUCUUCAAUAGGAUUUUCGAUGAACAAGAUCUAUCGUUCGUCCUCACAAUCAUAUCCUUAUCCACGAACGCAUACACUCGUUGUUGUUCCUCCUUCACGACCAGUAAUGGAGAAUAAUGCCGAAAAAGAGCAUACUAAAAUGCGACCACCGCUGAAUCGUACCAUACCACCAAUACCCGAAUCGAAGUCCAGUGAUUCCAUUAUAACUCAUAUCUCGGAAAAACGUGUUGAAGCUCAUGAUGAACUGGAGCCUUCAACUUCCCGAGCUAUUCGAGAACCUUCAUGCGACAAAUUCAUAAGAGAGCUUGUUCCAUUAUUUACCGCUAAGGAACUACAGAUAUCUCCAGAAAAAAUCAAGUGUAAUAGAUCAGCAGUUACCGAAAAUAGAAUGGCGCAUAAUUUGGUAACAAAAACUGCGGUAAUCAUUUCCAACCAUACCAGACGGUCAGAAGAUGUGCCACGAAGCCCGUUGAUGACUGUUGCCCACUCAGUGCGGUCAAAGCUUACAAAACUUGGAAAUCGUUUUAGUCGAUCAGAUGGAAAUCAAAAUAUCCGUACCAGUAGCAGUUUAUCUAGCAUGCGUCGAGGUCCAGUCGCUAAACUGAGUUACGUACCACCUAAUGCGCAAUGCAAGAAAUCAGCAAGUAUGGAAACGCGAACCAAUCAUGAUUCUAACGAUUCAAUCAAAUUUGUUCCCUCUAAACAAGCUCCAGGAAACAAUGCACUGAGAAUCCCAAGAAUUCCGAGAUCACGAACAUCUUUAAAUAAUCAGUCAUCACGUUUGGAAACUUAUAGACAAAAUGUUUUAUUGAAUCAGGGGGAAUGUUCCAAAAUUAAGAAUUUGCUAUCCAGAUCGGGAAAUGAUGCGGAAACGAACUCAGGUGUGAAAGCUUUCAAGAUACAUUUGGAACCAAGAACUAUGCGGAAUGUUUCACCAUCUGAUAGGUCUCGUCAAUUCAAUUCAACCAUUCUAACAUUUACAAUGACGGCUGAAGCUCGCACUUCCAAGAAUGAAGAAAAUAUCAAAGAAGCGAAAAUCAAGCCUACAAUGAAUAUUUUUGUGAAAAGUGAUAUAGGGCAAGAUCGAACAUCCAGUGGAAAAUCUCAACAUAACAGAAAUGAUCAUGAGCAGAUGAAAGCAGGAAGUACCAGUCGACAAAAAUCUUUUAUACCCCUCUAUACAACAUCACGAAAACUGCCUGCAAGUAGAUCAGGUACCGAGAUGAGCCAGGCACCUUUGGCAGAAUGUGAGUCAUCCUGCAUUGAAAACUCGCCAGCUGUUGAGGUAUCCCCGCUAAAAUUUAUUCCAGAUGAGAUUCAUUAUGGAUGCAUAAAAGAAAGUUCGAAGGACAGGGCUACAAAAUCACAGAUAGUGGGCUCUAGCUCAUCAACAAAUUCAGUUAAAGAAGCUUGCAGGAAUCAGUUUUUGAGCAGUGAGUUAACUUACAACUGUGUCAAAGCAACAAGGGAAAAAUCGUUAAAUGAUAAAAGAAAAGAUGGUUGUACAAUGACCAAUGUUGCACUACGAGACGGUUUGUUAAAUAAUAAUUUACCAGACAAUUAUACUGAUUGCUUCUGUGAUAAUGAUGUCAAAUCGAGGGACAAUCCAAAUGCUUUCGUUUCACCAACCGCUGUGACAUUAUCUGGACUUACAACAUCCUCUGGUUAUCAAUAUUUUCCUGACAAAUUUCCAGAUAAAGAUGCGGAAUUGAGUGAGCAAUUUGUCGAUAUGACCAUCAUCCAAAAGACAGGUCGAUCUCGCUCACGGCGACCACCACCACGCGACCUUGAUCAUGGAUCAGCUGUUCCACAAGAUUCAGUUACAGGUCAUUACAAGAAUCAAGCAUAUGAUGAAGCACUGAUCAAUGAAAAUAAGAUCGUUGCAUUUCCUAGCGUAGCGAUGUAUGAAUCAUCGUGUAAUGAUGUUGUGUACAUAAAAAAUCAACUGCUGGAAUUGAGAAGAUUGAUUAAUAACUCAGCAGCAACAGAAGGCGCCAACAAAUCCACCUCACUGAAAAUAGAGGACAGCGAUGUUGUGAAACAACUUCUUAAGGAAAAUGAUGCUUUGCGUAAGGAAUUGGUGGAAAAAGAUAGGACAAUCAGUAAAUUAAAAGCUCAGAUGUUACUUCAUUGA